AGAGAGAGGGCACGACAACACGAGUACCAUAGAAGCGUAUGAUGGCCGAAGGAAGAUGGCUUUUUAAGUGGACAUGAACAGUGGGCUUGGCAGCUCUUUGUCUCUCAACCCUCCCUCCCUCUCUCUCUCUCUCUCUCUCUCUCUCACUGUUAUGUCCUCAUUUUUCUUCCUCUCUAAGGCAUGCCCCCCUCUCUCUCUCAUCUGUUCCCAACUCUCUUUUUGUGUUUAUUAUGCUUUACUGCUGCCGGUUCUUGAGUGAUCGUUCUGCUCCUUUUGCCCAUCUACUUUUUUUGAUUCUUUAAUGACUGGAAGUCCCGUUCGUUGGUCUUAGCUGACUGUUCUUCAAUAGAAUGUAUCUGCAAGAGGGGCACUUUCAGAUGAAGACUUUGAGCUCAAGGAAUUGGGAGAUAUGAUUGGCUCUACUAACUGUUUGUUGGGUUUCUCUUUGGGCUUGCUUCUCUGAGAGAGAUCUGCUGGGAUUGCAUAUCUGUUGAUGAGACUGGCCAUGGAGUUGGAAUUUGACAAAUAUUGCCGUGUCAGCGGGAGUCCAAACACUGUUCUUCCAUCCCCUCAGCAUCAUUCAAAAGUUGAGAAGAGAAGUGUUAGAGGAAAAGCUGCUUGUAAAAAUGAUGUUCUUGGACUAGAAAAGAACCUUACAGAGAUUACUUUCUGUCGGUAUCGCAGUGUAUCUUGUAAAAACAUUCCAUCUCGUUCUUCUGGGCUGGAACGGUGUGAAGUGCCAAAUCGGGGUUCUGUGUAUCAAAGUUCUCGAGAAUUAAGGAAGGUUAAUAAGAGUGGAGCUAUAGAAAGUAGGAGAAAAAUUGAAUUAUCAGGAAGCGAUGCCACUGGUUUCUCCUUGGGAAUUAUUGACUCCUUAUGUAGCUCGGAUGAGGAUUCCUUACCAAUGGAAAGGAAGAAAUCCUCAGUGAAGUGGCCAAUAGAUUCAGACUCAAGUAAAACCUCUGUUACCAUGGCCAACUUAAAACCAUGUUCUGGGGAAUUCCUUGGUCUCCAGUUCCACCAUGGUAUGGAUAAUGGUGCCUUAUCUGAUGGGCUGUCAGAAAUCCCUCUGAGCCCAAGUAGCGGAGAGCACCACGGUGCUGAAAGUGUAGCGAGAGAGCAAAUCAAGGAUCCUGACUUCAGGUGUGAAACAAUUCUUGAUCCUAUCAAUGAUGGCAAUGGCCUUCUGGAGAGAGAGAAUGCUGUUGCUUUACCCAAGUCCUUGUCUGUUAAACUGGCACUGCCUCAUUCACCUUCUUGUCCAGAAAGUGAUAGCUCCAAACCCACCAGUCCAAAGGCACGGUUCAGUCCCAUAAGAAGAAUGCUUGAUCCAUUCACGAAGUCCAAGUCUCAUCGCAAUCCUUUGGGUUCUGCGAGUGGUUCUGGUGGGUUUCUACCAGUUCGGUUGACAGAAAUCAAGAGGAACAACGUUUUGAGGAAAUCUCUGUUGAAUGAUUUCACAAACAUGUCAGGGAAACCUGAGUUUGGUUCUGAGUUUCAAAAGAAAGUUCUCUGCAGUUCAUCUGUUUCAUGUUCACCAGCUCACUUGCACGGCUCCCUCAAAUUGGAACAAAAGCAUGGGCUGCCUUCUUUUGAGUUCUCGAUGAAGUUUCCGGAAGACGUCUUUGUGGCCCAUGCAUGGAAAGCAGAUGAUGCUUUAAAUUGGGUAUACACUUUUCAUUCUUUUUACAAUAGAAGGAAGAGUAAUGCCAGUGGAUGGGGAAUGAAAGAUUGGAAAAAGGAGUCCUCCAUGGUGGGUCAGAUGCAAGUUUCCUGUUGUUUAUGUACAGAGCUAAAAGAUGCAGGGGCUUUUGACAACUCUAUGUUGACAGAGUUUGUGUUGUAUGAUGUUGCACAUGCGAGACAAAGUUUUUCUUCUCAAGGAAGCCCCGACCAGUCCCCUGAUAUCGCAAAACCAAGCAAGGUUUCUAAUCAAAGCUCAGUUGGUAGAAGUUGCGGGUUGGAUGAUGUGCCCAAUCAACUGAAGCCCAAACCUCAACCAAGACACAUCACUAACAAUGGUCAGUUUGACUCUUCUACUCUGCACCCUUGGGCAUCCACAAAUUUGCAUCCAAGCCUUGAAAUUGCAGCCAUUGUCAUACAAGUCCCAUUUGAAAACAGGGAAAGCUUGAAAUGUAAGAGUGGAGAUGCAAAAUGUGGUCAGCCACUUCCAAACUUACUCGAGCUCUCUGUAGCUGAGCACAGAAAGGAAGGCAUCCCCUAUUGUUCGAGUCCCACAAAGGUAAAUGUAGUUGUCCCUUCUGGAAACCAUGGUUUGCCCAGUACCAACAGCCGUGGUCCUUCUCCAUUACUUGAUCGGUGGAGGUUGGGCGGGGGAUGUGAUUGUGGCGGUUGGGACAUGGCUUGCCCGCUUAAUGUUUUCCAUAAUCCCCAUCUUCGGAGUCCUCAGGAUUGUUCCCUUGUCGAGAAUCAGCAGCCUUUGGAACUUUUCAUUCAGGGAGGAAAAGACGAUAUGGCAGUGUUGACCAUGACACCAGUCGAGGAGGGCCGGUACUCAGUCGACUUCCAUGCACAGUUAACAGCUCUACAAGCAUUCUCCAUCUGUGUUGCUGUCUUGCAUUGCGCAGAAGCCUCAGUUGGCGUUGGCUGGGAAAGAGACAAGCAGCUGUUGCAAUGUGACUCGCUUAGAGUUCUUAUCGGGGAGGAAGUCAAGAGUCUAAUCGAGGCUGUCACCGAGGAGGAAAAGAGAAAGCUCAGUAAGAAGAUGGAAGAAAGGCCAGCAUCUUUCAAACUCAACCCGCCCUUUUCUCCAAUUGGUCGCGUGUAGCAUUCUACCCAUCGAUGCAGUAAUUGCUUUCGCCAGAGAAUCCCGAACCUGAGUUGUCAGCCAGAUGGGAGUGGUAGUUCAUCCAUCUGAGACAAAACCUGUUGCCUCAACCGGCUUGCUGGAUCGCUGGAAACUAAAACCUAGAACUCGUCAAAUUCUUCGAAAGGGUACACCAUUUUAAUCCUUACUUUCACCAUGGUAGCAAAAUUUAGACACCAUAGAAUACUGUCUAUAUACAUAUAUUUAUGUUAGUCCAUAGAGGGAGGGGGAGGAAGAAGGAAACAUGAAAUUGUUCAGAGAUGGUAGAGAAGAGAAGCUUUAGAUUUUUUGUAGUUAAAUGUUUAUCGUUUGUUGAGGGAAUGCUGCUGCCAUGGAAGAGGUUUCACCUUGAGAAGUUCCACAGGCAGGAAGAUAUAUGUACCUCUACAAUAAUGGAAACUGGCUUACUCAUCCUGUUCUUUCUUUGUCAAUUUUCAGU